CUGCUUUAGACACAUCCUAUAUCAUCAGGCCUGGGAGGAGUGUGUCUGAGACCAGGCUGUUGUGACCUUGAGAGUCAGACCGCUAGAAAUCUGGACACCUGUGUUUACAGACCAGACCUGUGGGAUGUGGGAUGAGGAGCACAUCUCUGAGGCACCAGGAGCAGUUGAGAAGGCUUCAGACAGAGAAAGGGACCCACAGCAUCCGUUGGCCACGCCUGAAUUGGGCAAACCAACUCUGAUCUUGCCUCUCUGUGGAGAAUGCAGCUUCAAGGACCUGUCUUUGUAGGUGGGCCCCUCCUCGGGCCCAUUCUGAUUUGGAUGUUCACUCACCAGCUAUCCAGUCGGUGUGAGGAUGAGAGGAAGUUACCUUGGUGCCCACCCCGCAAGGUCAUAUUGCUUGUGUGGGCGACCAUCUACUCUGUCAUGGGCUAUGCCUCCUACCUGGUAUGGAAGGACCUUGGAGGAGGCUUCCGGUGGCCCCUAGCACUGCCCCUUGGCCUCUACUCUUUCCAGCUGGCCCUCAGCUGGACCUUCUUGAUGCUCUUCUUGGCAGCCGACAGCCCUGGGCUGGCCCUCCUGGACCUCUUACUGCUCUACGGACUGGUGGCAAGCAUGGUGUUUAUCUGGCAGCCAAUCAACAAGCUGGCUGCUCUGCUCCUACUGCCCUACCUGGCCUGGCUCACUGUGACCACAGCCAUCACCUACCGCCUAUGGAGGGACAGCUUGUGUCCAGCGUACCAGCCUUAGCCCUCUGAGGAGAGCAACUGAGGCACCAGGAUGCAGAAUGGAGGGAGGACGGCAAGAAUCUGGAGUAGCUGUGGAGCUGAUGUGGCCGCUCUCCUGGAUCUUCCUGUCACCCUUUCUCCUUAGACUUCAGAGAUAGAAAAGAAGGAGUGCUUUCUGACACGCAAUAAAAUCCUGUUGUUGCCCUUG